AUGGCCGCCCACAUCGCUGAACCCUGCAUCAAGCGGUUCGAGAACGAGACUUCUCAAUUGAAAACUAUCCUUAUUGGAGCCACGAUGAAGGUUAGCCGCAUCGACACCAUCCUUGCUGGCCAAGAGCAUGUGGAGCAGUGGAUGAACGCCUGGGAUGCGUGGGCCAAGUUGAUCUCCCGCUUGGAAAAAGUUGCGGUCAUUGUCCAUGUGUUCCUGAGAGGUACGAUUUCACCCUUGUUCUCGGGCGUGCUGGAGAAAAAAGCUAGCACACUUGAAACGACUUAUGGCGCCAUCGACUUUCCCACCGAAUUAGACGCUAUCAUGAAGUCCUUCGAGACCUGUUUGAACAACCUCAGCUACGUCGACAGCUUCUCGUCGUUUGUCGGUGCUCUAUUCAGCAGCUACGUCAGCAGCGUGUCGUCACUCAUCGGUGCUCUCUUCGGCAGCACUGAGUGGCAGCAUGGCCCAGUGUCUAGCGAUGUCCUUACUAAGGAGCCUGAAGACCCCCGUGCGCGCCUCCGGCUCGCGCUCACCGCUGAAAAACACACCGGGCGCCUACGGGGCGCAAUGGCCACUGUCGCAGAGGGCACGAGAAAGGUCCGCACCCGUCUUUUCUGCCUGCCCGUGAAACCUGCCGCUGAGGAUCUAUGCUCGUGGCUCGUGAAGGAGGUACGGGAUCACAUCGCUGUACUCAAAGCCGAGCGGGGCGGCGCUGCUCAGCCUGAACAAGAUCCGCAUCACACGGCCCAGAAGGCGGCACCUUACUGGAAGGAGCUCGCGGUGCUUUACGGCGGCUACGGUAUUGCGCACAAGGGACUCAAGGACAAUAUCUGGGACUUGAGCCUCCUUCUCUCCGAUAUCAGGGAGCUGUUCUGCGACAUCGGCACGAUUCUCAUGAACCAAGAGUAUUUCAAGCGGUGGCAUCAAGCCUACAAUGCGUACUCCGAGAUGAUCGCUGCCUCGGACUCCAUCGCGUCCAGAGUGUCUACGUGGCUGGGCUGUAUGAUCACAUUCUUGUCGUCGGAAGUGAAUAUUGACAGGCUGUUGGUAUUUGCCAAGGGGUUUGAAUCGUUCUAUGCUACCACGAGCUUCCCCGCAGACAUCGAGACCAUCCUCAAGUCUUUCGAGACCAUCGCGAACGACCUGCGGCGCGCCGUCGACGACAUCCUCAAACAAGGCACCGAGGCGUUCGAAGAGGAUGAGGAAAGCGGGGACUAUGUUCAUUAUGAGAUGACCUUUACCGACAUGCUUUUUGGGGCGUUCUUCAGCCUUGAAAUGUUCAUCGGUGGUUUGUUCGGCGGCUGGACUCAGCGUCAGGAUGUCCCAGUGCCUCGCGUUGUCGUCGAAAACAACCCCGACGAAGACUCUCAGGCGCACCCCCGGCGUGCGUUUACGAUUCGAGCCAAUGAAGCCAGGCGCUUGCGGGACCUCAUGGACAAGGUCGAGCAGGGCGUGGGGCAGGUGUGCAGUCGGCUCAAGCAACAGGAGGCGCUCUUCGGAGAGGUGUUUGACCUGCAGAGGUCCAAGCUCCAAGAGGAUAUCCGGGGCCGCAUCGCUGCAUUCGAGGCCGACGGGGACGACGCUGAUGGGACGACCCAGGCCCGCGCGAGCCCUUACUGGACGGAGCUCGCGGAGCUCUACAGCGUCUACUCCAUGGCAUCCAAAGUAAAGUACUAG